GCAAUUUACCACUUCCUUUCACACCGGCGCUCCGUCGGGCAUUUACACCGUUUGAGGACCGGCUGGAUUAAAAGUCCGAUUGGGUGUAACAUCAUUAACGAAAUGUCUUCUCCACUCCGACUUCAGGUCAUGGCGAAGUUCAACGCCCCCGUGAUCCAGGACAAUCCGUCCGGAUGGGGUCCUUGUGCGGUCCCAGAUAAAUUUAAAGACAUGCCCUACCAGCCUUUCAGCAAAGGAGACCGUCUCGGAAAGGUUGCUGACUGGACUGGAGCCACUUAUCAAGACAAGAGAUACACAAAUAAAUAUUCCUCUCAGUUUGGAGGCGGUAGUCAGUACGCCUACUUUCACGAGGAGGACGAGACGAGCUUCCAGCUGGUGGACACGGCCAAGACGCAGAAGACCGCCUACCAGAGGAACCGCAUGAGGUUUGCUCAGAGGAAUAUGCGCAGGGAGAAAGAUCGCAGGAACAUGACUCAGUUCAACAUGCAAACACUCCCCAAGAGUGCCAAGCAAAAGGAGAGGGAUCGUAUGCGCCUGCAGAAGAAGUUCCAGAAGCAGUUUGGUGUCCGUCAGAAGUGGGACCAGAAAUCCCAGCUGAAGCCCAGAGACUCCUCUGUGGAGGUGAGGAGCGACUGGGAGGUGAAGGAGGAGAUGGACUUCCCCCGACUGAUGAAAAUGAGAUACAACGAGGUGGCUGACCCUGAGGACAUUGAGUGCUGCGGGGCUUUGGAGCACUACGAUAAGGCUUUUGACCGGAUCACCACCCGCAAUGAGAAGCAGCUGAAAAGCAUCAAGAGGAUCUUCCACACCGUCACCACCACUGAUGAUCCCGUCAUCCGCAAGCUGGCUAAGACUCAGGGUAAUGUGUUUGCCACCGACGCCAUCUUGGCGACCUUGAUGUGCUGCACACGCUCUGUCAACUCCUGGGACAUCAUCGUGCAGAGAGUGGGCAACAAGCUGUUCUUUGACAAGAGAGACAACUCUGACUUUGAUCUGCUCACCGUGAGUGAGACGGCCAAUGAGCCGCCGCAGGACGAGGGAAACUCCUUCAACUCUCCUCGUAACCUGGCCAUGGAGGCCACGUACAUCAACCACAACUUCAGCCAGCAGUGUUUACGCAUGGGUGGAGAGAGGCACAAGUUUCCUAACCCCAACCCGUUCGUGGAGGAGGAUACGGACAAGAGUGAGGUGGCCUCUGUUGCCUACAGGUACCGUCACUGGAAGCUCGGGGAAGAUAUCGACCUGAUCGUCCGCUGUGAGCACGACGGAGUGAUGACCGGCGCCAACGGAGAAGUGUCCUUCCUCAACGUCAAGACCCUCAACGAGUGGGACUCCAGGGUAAGAGGCAGCAGGAGUUCUUUCAGGAGCAGAGGAUUUCUUUGUCUCUACAUGAUUUAAGUCUUUUGCAAAGUC